UAUUUAGAGUACCAGUACCAGCAACCCCUCACAUUCCACAUCUGUACGUGUGACUCCCUGGUGUUUCUCUCUCCAGGUGUGGUGUUCCACUACAGAGCCAACACCAGCCGCUACACUCUGGACUUCUCUGGAGCCGUGGAGGCGUGUCGCUCUGCAGGCGCCACCAUCGCUACACCCGAACAGCUCACGGCUGCCUUUGAGGACGGCCUGGACCAAUGUGACGCCGGCUGGCUCUCCGACCAGUCGGUCAGGUAUCCAAUCACAGAGCCUCGUCCCGGCUGUGCAGGAAACCUGUUGAGCCGACCGGGAGUGAGAACGUACGGCGUCCGAGACCCGACAGAGGAGUACGACGUGUACUGCUACGUAGAUAAACUACACGGCGAUGUCUUCUUCCCGUCCUCCGUCAGCGGUAAGCUCUCGCUGCAGGAGGCCAGAGACGAGUGUGAGAAGCACGACGCCGUGUUGGCGUCUCCCGGUCAGCUGUUCGCGGCCUGGAGGGCGGGGCUUAACCGCUGUGACUACGGCUGGCUGUCGGACGGCAGCGCCCGCUACCCGGUCACCGUCCCCAGGCCUCAGUGCGGAGGAGGCCAGCUGGGGGUCCGCACGCUCUACAAGUACAAAAACCAGACCGGCUACCCGAACCCCACCGACAGACACGGACUCUACUGCUUCAAGGGUGAGACUGAAACCCAUCACACAACUAUUUAUUACACGGAACGGAGUUUAGCCUUUUAGACUCUGACCUUUAAGUGGCUUCAGAGCAGCAGGAGUUACAAACAGAUCGAUGCUAUAAAAUACUUUAUUGUUGACUUCCUACGAUUUCUCUUAAGAUGUGAGUUCUUGUUCCCUCUGCUGGCGGGAUGGAAAAGCAGGUUUUCUUUAAACAAUCUCCAAAACGACACCGUUUAUCA